AUGAUUGGGCAAGGGUUGCCUCAAUUUCCGGGCCAGAAAGAGCGAAUCAAACAAAGUUGCGGCAGCGAAAACGAAACUUCUCUUGCUAAGGAACGGAGAGGGUAGAGAUUGAAAAAUGCGGAAACAGUACAGCGAAUUCAAGGAUCUCAACAAUUUCGAAUGUGGCCACAGCACGAAGACUAAUCAAUGAAUCGAAUUUGUUAUGUCCUGAGAUGUUCUGCUCUGCUUAUGUAUAAGUAGAGUGCAAUCUUCGGAAUGAGCAGAGGUUUCUUCCGAUGGGUUUCCACAUUACGAUCUUCGUUUGUCUUUGACAUUUCCAACGAUCGUCCCCGUGUGUGCAAAUACUCUUUCUCAAGAUACUCUUGAAACUGAUUCCCUACACUCAGCGGUGAACAAGCAGGAAUCUCGUUCGAGAAGUUCUUCCCCUCCCCGUUCCACGAAGAACAGUUCCUGGUUCGUGGAAACCAGUCCAGAGAUGGCGUUGAGCGGAGUCAUCGGAUUUUGCUGGCAUCAUGGGCAGGAAUCGUUCAGACGAAGAAAAUUGCAUGUAACAGGUCUACAAGAGGAUUGCAGUGCAGAUCUCACACAGCACGUCCGACACGAAUGUUCAGUGCCGACCAUGCGCGAAGAGAUUAUAUCCGAUUGCCGGAAACUUUUCCUGUACGGGUACUGAUAAUUCUAGGUGCUACGGCAGAGAACCUCUUCUCUGCCGUAGCAUAAUUUCCUGGUUCAGAAUUACUGUGAGCACGCAAAUACAAUUGGAAACCAAGUUGAUGGGAAUCAGAUGACCUUCCUCACCAGUGGCUGAGUUCCUCUUCUUCCAACGACGAAGAAGAGCGAAUAGAGCAUGAGAUUUGAAGGAGUAUUACGCGCGAUCGACGGGCGAACCACUUCUUCACACUGCGCAUGGAUGAGAUUCUCAGUGUCCGCUGUCUUGAACAUUCGAGUCUCGGCUUCCACGAGAAUCUUCCACCCGGACAAUCCACCACACAAUCCGAUUGGAUCGGAAGGAUCGGCCUUGCUAGCCCAAAUGUCUAUCAAAGGAAGAGUUCUGCAAUUGCCCAAUGUGACGAGUUCUAUCUCUUAACCUUCGCAUUCUCAAAACUUGAGAAUGCGAAGACGACCUGGGGUGGCAAUGUCGACAGUCCCGGUCUGAGUUGGCAUUGAAAUUCAUGAGACAGUAUUUAUACAGUCUGCAACGUGGGCUACAGAGGUUUGAUAUCAGAUAAUAAUAAGACUGAAAAGGCUUACGAGAAAAGCCUUCUCAUGGGUCUCUGAUUGCAGGAGAAUUGAGGAUUUUUCUCUCGGCGCAGAUUGCAAUUAGAAGAGAAGUUGGAAGGCACAGAUGUUGGAAGGUUGUCGGCCGGUCUCUCUGCGCGUGUACUGUAUACGACGCUACUGUUAUGAUUUCAGCUCCAGGUGUGCGGCGGGAACAUAAGCGACAUGAAAUCAGUGUACGUGAACCGCUUUUUGCAAAGAGUAGCAUGCGGCACGAGAACCGGAUUGGGAGUUCUCAUCGUCGGGCUGCUCCUGCAAUUUGUGAAGGGCUUGCAGGAUUUAGUCAUCUUCUCGACCUUCGCACCGGUGAUGACAAUUUGCAUUUGUGACACAACAGUCGGCAAGGCUUUGCGGAAUUCCAUAACUGUUGCCGUUAUUUCAGUUUUCAACAUCGCCACGAGCAUCGUGGUGUAUCGAUUUCUGAAACCUCCCAUGCACCUCGGCGUGUCUAUCGUGUGCAUUGGCCUUUUCAGCUUCAUAGUGUCCUAUCCAAGCAGCGUGCAUUUGCUCUCUAGAAAAAUCGGGCUUGCUCAGGUUGGUGUGCUGUACGUCUAUGCACACGUCGUUCCGACCAUGGAUGUCAUCAUGGUCCCGCUCAAGUUGCUCUUUUCGACCACUCUCGGAUCAUUUGCUGGAGUCGUGGCAAUCAUCAUUCCCUAUCCUCGAUUCGGCGUUCGGGAGGUGCUCCGGGGUGCUGAAUCUACAGCGCGCAGCACAUCUGAAUUGUUGAAGGCAGCCGUCAGGGCAUUUGCUGCACCUGAUGAAGGGAGUUUCUCGGCCAUCAGGCUUCAUGCUAAGAUGCUGAGGAAAGCUGCUUUGGAGUCACUAGCAGAACUCAAGGAAAAGCAGGCAGAGAUAUGGUGGGAGUUGAAGGCCAGUUGUUCCAAACGAUCACGUUUCACAAAUAUGACAAGAGGGCUAAGUGGGCUGAAUCAACAUCUGACAGGGAUGGAAGUGGCUUUACAGUCCGGCUACACGCUACAAUGUCCAGAAGUGAUGAGGAAAACGCUGGAGCAGCCCCUUCUGAAGGUUGCAGAUUAUUGCGGUCGCCUCCUGGAGGUGGCGACCAAGACCUUGACAUCGUGCACCGUGUGCAGUUGCGCCUACAACUUACAGGCGGAAGAACGCCAGUUACUGAUGGACGAAGGGAAGCUGGCACUGAAAUUGUUCGAUCUUGCACUCCUGGAAGCGCGCAAGAGUGCGUACUACUCGGCUCCACCGAUCGAUGAGUCUGUCCAGACUGAAGGAGCUGAGCAUGCCUCCGGGUCUCCCGAUGCUGAAGGUCAUAUUUUGAAGCAGGUGCCGGCCAUGGUGGCACCUGUGCAUCGUCGAUUCAUGGCGAGGUUGACGGGAAAUUUCUUCAUGUUCAGCUUGAGAUUGUACUUUGUGGAAGCAAUGCUUCUGGUGGACGCCGACUUCAGAAUACACACCAGCAUGCACGAGAUCGCAGGAGCACGCUUGCUUAACUGGAUUCCAAAACGCAUGUCCAAGUUCCAAGUCAUGCCUCCGAAUCCGAUCUUCGAACCACCGCCCGCAGAUCGGAUCAAGUCCUCGAUCGACUUGUCCGUCAUCGAAGAAGGCGACUCGUCCCCUCCCUCUACAGGCACCAGUCCAGAAGCCGAGGCAGGAGCAACAGCAGAAGCAGCAGCUGCUCCCGGAGAGUCUUCGGAGUCCAGCCCUCAGCUGUCCGACACGCAGUGCAGUCACUGCAAAUCCAGUCUCCGGGCGUCAUCUCAAAGCCCGGCACCGGACAUUCGGACGCGCUGGUGGACGGUGAUGAAGCCCAACAAAGCUCAGGUCGUGAAAUCUGCCAAAGUGUCCAUGAUAAUGAUGCUGGCGACCGUGUUCGGAGUCCAUGCUCUUCCGAAUGACAUCCAUGCCUGCUGGGCUCCUAUUACCGUGAGCUUCAUCAUCGGCAACCUGCAGGGCGGAGCAUUCCGGCUCGCGAGUCUGCGUAUUCAAGGCACGGCCGUGGGGUCCAUCUUCGGGUACCUGGUCGUGAGCGAGCUGUACAACCAUAAGUAUAUCUUGCCCUUGAUUUUGGCAGGCUGGGUCUCGUUUUCGGACUACAUUCGUUACAGCAAGACCCACGGAUACUCGGGACUGGUGUCAGCCCUGACGGCAGCGAUCCUGAUGGUCGGAGAUUUUGAUGGCCAGGACAUCAAAGCAUUCGCCAUGGAUCGAAUCGCAAUGACGUUCAUCGGUGUUGCGUGUUUCGUUUUGGUCGAGACGCUUUUGCUGCCCGAGCGGGCGGUCGUGCUCGUGAGGGAGGAGCUGCUGCAGAGUCUGAAACGGCUCAGGGACUGCGUGGCGGCCAUCGUUGCAGUGUACACGAGCCAUGAAGUGUGCUUGAAGUGUCGAACUUCUGCCGUGAAAGACAUGCAGAAGCUCGAGCAGCAGAUCACGGCUGGUUUGGUAGCACAGACUUCGCUGAACAACGAGGCAGUGUUGGAGCCCGAUCUGUGGUUCGUGCCACAUCCCGGGGAAGUGUAUACUCGAGUGAUCUCGAUCCAGAAACGGAUGCUGGACCUUCUGUUCUUCAUGGUGUGCUCCUUGCAAGCCUCGACGGAGGACUGGUCGGACGAGCACAUGCAAAAGCUCCUGAAGCCGCUCAGAUCUUCCUUGACUGCGCUGGAAGACGAGGUCCUGGCGACGGUCGACUCUCUCCAGAAGCUGCUCGAGAAGACGAACAAGUCGUGGGAUUGGCUGCCGAGUCCCAAGACUCUCCUGUCCGCCUUCCGAGGCGGAGUCCCUUGUGCUGGCGAUGUGGAGAGGCAGAGGCCCGGCCGACGGCGGCGCUUGGGCUCGGUGGCCGAGGUUUUCCAGCCCUCUCGAAGAGCUUCUCGUGCUCUCCUGGCCCUCGGGCACCGACGGCGUUCUAUCGGUGGUACUCCCAUCAGGCUCAAGACCACCAUGGACCGCUUCGAGCAGACGUUUGAGAGCGUGCUCGACGAACUCAUGGCAGCUCAUUCCAAGACAGUGGAAUCUGGCGGCGGCGGUGACGGCAACGUUGUGAGCAAUUCAGUGAUGCUGUCCAUAAGUUCGCUCAGUUUUUGUCUCCAUUCCCUUUUGAAAGAGACUGUCGACCUCGAGAAAGCUGUCUGGGAAUUGCUGCAGGCCGAGAAUCCUCUGAGCAUUCUGGAUUUCUGGGACGAGUUUGGACCUGCGUCUCCGCUGUACCGUCAACAGCCAGAGGAGGAUCCGCUGCCGCCACAGAGAAAAAAUUCAUGGUCAUAA